UGUAUAUUUGUCCUUACCUUACUCUAUUUGUCUAAUCUUUUUCGUUUUUUAUGGAAAAAAAACUGACACCAUCUCUCACCUUGAAAAAAUCCAUCCAUUCAUUAUCCAGACUCAGAGACUUUCUCAUACUUGUACCUUCAUGUUAAAUUCUAUAUGCACAGUGAAGUUGAACCACACAUUUAUAGAACCAAGAGCUUGCAUUAAUGAAUUUGAAUGGAAAUCAAAUGAUGCCAGUGGUGUGGCUCUGGAGAAGUUCAAGAGAGACAGUGUUUACAUUGACAAAGCUGGCAAGUUAAGGAACUUCAAUCACAAGAAACUGUCCAGGAAAAAAUGUGGUUCUUUGAGAGGACGAGGAUGGAAAUUCGGUUCUGGGUUUGUGGAUGGGAUUUUCCCUGUUUUGAGCCCAACUGCAAAGAAGAUUAUGGAUUAUCUUCAAAAGGGUGUAGAUACUGAGAGCAUUUGGGGUUCCCUGGACAUGCUUCAAGCAUCUCUUGAAAUAUGGGAUGACAUUUUAACUGUGUCUGUUCAACUUCGGAUGAGGAAACAGUGGGAUUCAAUCAUUUCGAUAUGCAGAUGGAUACUUCUAAGAAGCUCCUUCAAGCAAGAUGUUAUAUGCUAUAAUUUACUGAUAGAUGCUUUUGGGCAAAAGUUUCUAUACAAGGAGGCAGAAUCCACAUAUCUUCAGCUUCUUGAGGCUAGAUGCAUUCCUAAUGAAGAUACUUAUGCCCUUCUUAUAAAGGCCUACUGCUUGUCCGGGCUGCUUGAAAAAGCUGAAGCUGUCUUUGUUGAAAUGAAAAAUUAUGGCCUUCCUUCAAGUGCAGUUGUAUACAACUCUUACAUAAAUGGAUUAAUGAAAGGAGGAAAUCCAAACAAAGCAGAAGAGAUUUUCUUAAGGAUGAAGAGGGAUGGCUGCAAACCAUCUACUGAAACUUAUACCAUGUUGAUAAACUUAUAUGGGAAGGAUGGUAAAUCUUUUAUGGCCUUAAAAGUGUUCAAUGAAAUGCUGAGCCAUAAGUGCAAACCUAAUAUUUGCACUUACACUGCUCUGGUGAAUGCAUUUGCCAGAGAGGGACUAUGUGAGAAGGCAGAGGAAGUAUUUGAGCAAAUGCAAGAAGCUGGGCUUGAACCUGAUGUAUAUUCUUACAAUGCCCUCAUGGAAGCUUACAGUCGUGCAGGUUUUCCUUAUGGGGCUGCAGAAAUUUUUUCAUUAAUGCAGCACAUGGGAUGUGAACCAGAUAGAGCCUCCUAUAAUAUCUUGGUAGAUGCAUAUGGCAGAGCAGGUUUUCUAAAUGAUGCCGAAGCUGUAUUUGAAGACAUGAAAAGAGUGGGAAUAACACCAACAAUGAAAUCCCACAUGGUACUUUUAUCUGCCUUUUCCAAAACUGGCAAUGUGAGUAAAUGUGAGGACAUUCUCAACCAAAUGUGCAAAUCUGGCCUGAAACUAGACACUUUUGUUCUAAACAGCAUGCUGAACUUGUAUGGACGGUUAGGCCAAUUUGGAAAGAUGGAAGAAGUUUUGACAGUGAUGGAAAAUGGAUCAUGUGAAGCUGAUAUUAGCACAUACAAUAUCUUGAUAAAUAGGUAUGGUCAAGCUGGAUUCAUUGACAAAAUGGAAGGCCUAUUUCGAUUGUUGCAUAGUAAAGGUUUGAAACCUGAUGUGGUGACUUGGACUUCACGUAUUGGAGCAUACUCUAAAAAGAAGCUUUAUGUAAGGUGCUUAGAAAUAUUUGAAGAAAUGAUUGAUUCUGGUUGCUACCCUGAUGGAGGAACAGCUAAGGUGCUCCUUGCAGCAUGCUCCAAUGAAGAUCAGACUGAGCAGGUUACUACUGUGAUUAGAACAAUGGACAAGGAUAUCAAAACUGUUAUGACACCAGUAUAAGUUGCUUGAACUUUGAUAUUGUAGUCAACAAUAAUGGAUUAUAUAUCUGAAACUUUUAUUUAAAAAAAUGUUCCAUCCCCAGGAAGCAUUUCCUGACCCAUUAGUUGACAAAAUUCUGACCUACAAAGAAUA